UGAGACACACUCACACAGGUACACACAGCUUGUGCACACACAGCUGAGAGUCACAGACAUUAGGUACUUACGCUCUAUACAGGGAAUACGCAGAGACAGUCACACACAUUAGGUACGUACGUGGUAUAAAGGGAAUACGCAGUAAUGGUUAUGUCACUCAUAUAACUACGGUCUGAUCUGUAACGUCUCUCUCUGCAGCUGAGGGCAUGGCCUCUCCGGACACCACUGAACGGUCAUCUGAGGCCACAUGUGACAGUUAUGUGGAGAUCUCUGACAUGGGCGAGGAGGACUAUGAUGGUUCCCAGCAGAUGAAGGAAAAACACAACGACCAGGAUCCUGUCUUGAUGAAGAAACUGGUUCAAGCACAGAAACCCUCAGAGCUUAUAAUCUCUCUAGAGACCAGCGAAGGGAGAUCUGAAGUCACAUCAGACAGCUUUGUGGAAGUAUCAGACACGUAUGAGGAGGACACUGAAUGCUCUCCGAGCAUUAUGAGACUGCAGGGACAUGACUGUCAGAGAACCAUUUGUGCAGAGAGACCGUAUCACCACAAAGACGCCCAUCCUGAGUGCCACAGACAGACGUCAGCAAACGGCCUGGCUCCUGAAACUGCAAAGGGAUCUGAAGCGGCCUCAGAUAGCUUAAUGGAGAUCUUUGACCUGGGAAAGGUGGAAGAGGAACAAUCCCAGCGGUCCAUGACAAUUCAGCAGCCAAGUGAGCACCAGAAAACCACUUGGGUGGAGGGAUGUUAUCAACCACAAACCAAACCCAUGGGCGAUGAGGAAUAUACACAAGCGCAAGUAAAAGCUUGUUGGGAGGAACAUGAGCAAUGCCUAGAAACCACAUCUGAGGGAUGGUAUCAAACCAAACCCCAGGGUGACGAGGAACAUACACAAGCGCAAGUAAAAGCUUGUUGGGAGGAACAUGAGCAAUGCCUAGAAACCACAUCUGAGGGAUGGUAUCAAACCAAACACCAGGGUGACGAGGAACAUACACAAGCGCAAGUAAAAGCUUGUUGGGCGGAACAUGGGCAAUGCCUAAAAACCACAUCUGAGGGAAAAUCAGUGUUCACAUGUAAAGGGGUAGAGGAGUAUUAUGAUGCUACAUCACAGGUGGCUGAGGGACACAAUUCACCCAUGCAAGAGGUCUCUAAAAUUCAGCCCUAUGAGAUCAUACAUGAGAGAGGGCAAGAGAUGUGCCACUCUGAAUAUAAACCAGAAACAAUGUAUCAUGAGGCCAAAGAGUUUCCUAGAAAUCCCAGGCAAGAGGUGACUCAGGUGGUUAUACAUCACAUACAACAAGAGAGGGCCCAAGAUUCCACUCUUAAAGGGGUAGGGCAUGAAAAACCAGAUAAUAGCACAAAUUUAUUACAUAAAGUAAAGCACACCUGUGUGGUUCUGGGUCAUAAAACCGUACAUACACCAGAAUUGUUUGAGGCCAUGCAUGAGCAUGUACAGCACCAGGAGAUCACGCAUAAGGAGCUCCAGGAGGCCCUGCACAUGCAGGUAUGGCUCCAGGAGGCCAUGCACAAGGAGAUACAGCUCCAAGAUGCUACACGCAAGCAGGUAGAGCUCCAGGUGGUCAAUUAUGAGCAGAAAACAUGCCAGGGUACCACAUAUCAGAGUUUAAACCUCCAGGAGGAUGCAUAUGAGGAGAAAAAGUUCCAAGAGGGCAACUGUAAGCACAAUAAAAUCCAGGACACCUAUGAGCAGGUACAGCUCUGUGAGCGCACCCAUGAGCAGGUACAGCUCUGUGAGCGCACCCAUGAGCAGGUACAGCUCUGUGAGCGCACCCAUGAGCAGGUACAGCUCUGUGAGCGCACCCAUGAGCAGGUACAGCUCUGUGAGCGCACCCAUGAGCAGGUACAGCUCUGUGAGCGCACCCAUGAGCAGGUACAGCUCUGUGAGCGCACCCAUGAGCAGGUACAGCUCUGUGAGGGUACCCAUGAGCAGGUACAGCUCUGUGAGGGUACCCAUGAGCAGGUACAGCUCUGUGAGGGCACCCAUGAGCAGGUACAGCUCUGUGAGGGCACCCAUGAGCAGGUACAGCUCUGUAAGGGCACCCAUGAGCAGGUACAGCUUUGUGAGGGCACCCAUGAGCAGGUACAGCUUUGUGAGGGCACCCAUGAGCAGGUACAGCUUUGUGAGGGCACCCAUGAGCAGGUACAGCUCUGUGAGGGCACCCAUGAGCAGGUACAGCUCUGUGAGGGCACCCAUGAGCAGGUACAGCUCUGUGAGGGCACCCAUGAGCAGGUACAGCUCUGUGAGGGCACCCAUGAGCAGGUACAGCUCUGUGAGGGCACCCAUGAGCAGGUACAGCUCUGUGAGGGCACCCAUGAGCAUGAUUUCAUAUCAGAGCAAGUAAUGUUCCAGGAGGGGACACAUGAGCAGAAAAUGCAUCAAGACGACACAUGUGAGAUGGAACAGGAGAGCAGCCAAUAUACUUCAUGGGACUUAGAACAGGGAUUUGAGUUAUAUGGUCCAAAAACUGUACACAAGCAAGAAAAACUCCAGCAGGCCACACACGAAGAUGUAGAGCACCUGGAGGCCACAUUCAAAGAGGUAGAGCUCCUGGAGGCCACAUUCAAAGAGGUAGAGCUCCUGGAGGCCACAUUCAAAGAGGUAGAGCUCCUGGAGGCCACACACAAAGAGGUAGAGCUCCUGGAGGCCACACACAAAGAGGUAGAGCUCCUGGAGGCCACACGCAAAGAGGUAGAGCUCCUGGAGGCCACACGCAAAGAGGUAGAGCUCCUGGAGGCCACACGCAAAGAGGUAGAGCUCCUGGAGGCCACACGCAAAGAGGUAGAGCUCCUGGAGGCCACACGCAAAGAGGUAGAGCUCCUGGAGGCCACACGCAAAGAGGUAGAGCUCCUGGAGGCCACACGCAAAGAGGUAGAGCUCCUGGAGGCCACACGCAAAGAGGUAGAGCUCCUGGAGGCCACACGCAAAGAGGUAGAGCUCCUGGAGGCCACACGCAAAGAGGUAGAGCUCCUGGAGGCCACACGCAAAGAGGUAGAGCUCCUGGAGGCCACACGCAAAGAGGUAGAGCUCCUGGAGGCCACACGCAAAGAGGUAGAGCUCCUGGAGGCCACACGCAAAGAGGUAGAGCUCCAGCAGGCCACACGCAAUGAGGUAGAGCUCCUGGAGGCCACACGCGAAGAGGUAGAGCUCCAGCAGGCCACACACAAAGAGGUAGAGCUCCAGCAGGCCACACGCGAAGAGGUAGAGCUCCAGCAGAAUACACAUGAGUGGGAAAAGUCCCAGACGGCCACGUGUGAGAGGCAGCUGGAGAUGCAUCAAGACUCCAUGUAUGAGAAGAUAAAAGUUUUCCCCGGUUGCCUAUUGUCAGAUGGUGGUUCCUAUCUGGCGCCCGCAGAGCAUUUCUGGGCAGUAAAUAUGGACCAGGCAGUCAGGCUGCGUAUGGAUCAUUCAGUGCCAGGUUCUGCUGCUCCAUUAACGGUACCACAGCUGCUUACGGAUUCCCUGAGGCGGUUUGGGUCAGAGGUGGCACUGUGCAUGAGAAGGGCACAGCAGUGGUACAAAACCACAUACCAGGAGUAUGGUCAUCAGUGUCGAGCAGUGGCCAAGGGGCUUUUAAAGUUGGGGCUGAAGCGUUUUCGUGGGGUUGUGAUCCUGGGAUAUAACUCGCCAGAAUGGUUUGUGGCAGAAAUUGGAUCAAUCUUGGCCGGGGGUGUAGCCAUUGGAAUUGAUCCCUCCUGUGCACCCUCAUAUUUUUUGGAUGUGGCUUUACGUUGUGAUGCACAAGUACUGAUUGUACAAGGCCAGGCCCAGCUAAUGGAUGUUCUUGAGGUACUAAAGACGCUUCCUCAACUAACAGCCAUUGUACAAUGGGGAGAAGAAAUAAAAGUCCGGCACCCUAUGGUCUACACAUGGGCAGAGCUCUUAAGCUUUGGAUCAGAGAUGACAGAUUCUCAGCUGAAUGAUGUUGGUGCAGCCCAGAAGGCCAAUCAGUGCUGUGCAGUUAUGUACGUUGCAGGGAGAGGUGUGAUGCUCAGUCAUGAUAAUCUCACAUGGACUUCCCGCGCAUGCUGUGAAAUGUUGGACCUUGGCACCAAUGAUCGUGUUGUCAGCUACCUGCCACUGUGCCACGUUGCCUCCCAGCUUUCUGACCUGUGGAUGCCCCUUUGCUGUGGAACUACCACGUAUUUUGCAGAACCAGACUGUCUGAAGGGAUCACUGUUCUCCACACUGCGCUAUGUCCAACCCACACGAUUUCUUGGGUUCCCUCUACUCUGGGAGAAGAUUCAGAGAAUUUGGAUGUCACUGGAGAUGAAAGCAUCCCCUAUACACCGGAAGAUUAUUAGAUGUGGCCGGGGAAUAGGACUUCAAGCAUAUUGCAUAGAGAGGUCUGUGCCUUGGGGUUACACCCUUGCCAAGCACUUUAUAUUUCACCCGGCACGGAAAGCACUUGGCCUGGAUCAGUGCAGAUAUUGUUAUAUGGGUUUGGUGUCUCCUGAUGUAAACAGGGUGAAGUACUACGGAAGUCUGGCACUGCCCCUGCUUGGGAGUUACGGCUUGGAGGAAAGUAGCGGUUUCCACAGCCUGGCACUGCCUGAAAUGUGGAGGAGAGGAAGCUGCGGGCAGAAGCUCCCAGGCUGCAGGACACGUAUAAAAGCGAUAAAUACUGAGACUGUUGGAGAGAUCUGUCUUUGGGGACGACACAUUUUUAUGGGAUACCUGGGCAUGGAAAAAGAGACCAGGAAAGUGCUGGACAAGGAUGGCUGGCUUCACUCUGGUGAUCUGGGAAUACAAGAUUCCGAUGGCUUCAUAUACGUUACACAGAGGAGUAAAGGGCCCUGUGUAACGCCACUUCCUGCCUGUGACACUCCCCAGAGGAGCGCUGAGCCUGUGUACAUGGAGUUGGGGCCCUGAACCUCACGUAAUGACGGGAAUCGAACUGUGCCAAACUGAAGCAGAGCUGUGCAGCAUCAGACGGGGGCUGGGGAGGGGGGGUUGUGCCUCAGGCAAUAAAUGUGUUACUUUCUA